UGCGCACUUGUAAUUUUUCAGUCGAUUUUGUUAACAGCGCCGGUUACAUAACCAAGUGCUGACAUUGAGAGUCAUAUUUACUUCAGACGUUCCCGGCCUGGCGGCUAUGAAGGCUGCUUCUCUCAAGUUUCCUUAACUACAGGCAAGCGCUGCUGUUUUUGCCAAACCGAAACUCUGCGCAGUUGAUUUGUAUUAAUCGGAUCGGAGAAAGUGCGCGUUUCAGACAUAGCGACAGGCGUGUUUGGAGGACAUUCUGCGAUCGGUAAAUGAUUUAUCUUGAGCAUAUCAGACUGGUGCAUAACCCCCAUAACACUAAUCUCACUUUAUUAAAAACUGAUAGCGCGCAAUAGGCGAUCGCAGACCGAGUGACUAACAAUGAUUUACAGGAAUGUCCUUUUAAAAAUGGAACACACAAAGCAAAAUAGCAAAUGGGAGGGGCGAAGCGGCGCGCGCACUGUCACUUUCGGAAUAUUAUUGUUAACUUAUACACUGCAGGGCGAGACAGUCAGCGAGAGAACUUCCUUUUUUUCUUAACCUGCGAAAGUCUUUUCCCUGUUCUGAUAAUUUUUAACGAUCUUUGCCAUUAGGGAAAAAACAGGAGCUUUCGGAAUAUCUUGCAAGUUGUGCUCCGAGGGGUAGAUAUUGCGGAGUUGGGCUGCCGAGCGUUUUCUUCAUCUGGCCAAACCUGCCCCCACAUGUUAUCAUAAACGCCAGCGCUCGUGGAGUGCGCAUGCAGAUGCUCACAGGUUACUUGGGGUUUUUGCUGACAUCUUCAGCUCUUCUGCUUCUCUCAAUGCCUCUCAACAGGAAUGCGAUGUUUCGCCAGAUUGUGAUUCCCUUGACAGCUCUCUUGGGAUUUUCUUCUGUUUCAUCAGGGCUCAGCAGUAUGUCUGUAGGAGUGGCACAUCGGUGUGAGAAUCAUGCAUGCAACCCUAGGAUGGGAAAUCUGGCCUUUGGCAGAAGGCUGCUCACCCAAUCGACAUGUGGAUUGAAUUCUACAGACCUUUUCUGUGCAUUUAGUGACAAUGCAGAUGGCUCUUGUCGGCCUUACAAGUGCGACAAGUGUAACGCGGCCCAUCCCAACUAUGCCCACCACUCGGCUGCUAUGGCAGAUUCCUCCUUUCGAUUCCCUCACACUUGGUGGCAGUCUGCUGAAGGUGUACAGAGAGAGACCAUCCAGCUCAAUCUAGAGACAAAGUUUUACUUCACACAUAUGAUCAUGGUGUUUAAAUCACCCAGGCCUGCUGCAAUGCUCUUGGAAAAAUCACACGACUUUGGAAGAAGCUGGACCCCUUGUAAAUACUACUCUACAAACUGCUCGGAAACCUUUGGCUUGGAGGAUGACACAGUAAUAGAACGGGCCAUGUGCACUUCGAAGUACUCUGGAGCAUUCCCAUGCACAAGGGGAGAGGUGAUAUACAGAGCACUGCCACCACUACAUUCUGAGGUUGAUCCCUACAGUCCUGUAGCUCAGGAGAAGCUAAUGGUAACAAACCUACGUGUGCAGCUGUUGAAGCGACAGCAGUGUCCCUGCCAGAGCAAAGAAGUAGACAUCAAACCCCAACACUUGGCACAUUACGCUGUCUAUGAUUUUGUUGUGAAGGGCAGCUGCUUCUGUAAUGGGCAUGCUGAGCAGUGCAUAUCUGCAAACGGAUACCAUCCGAUCAAAGAAAAGAGUCAACACGUGAUUCAUGGGAAGUGCAUUUGUAAGCACAAUACGGCAGGUGACCAUUGCCAGCUCUGUGCACCUCUUUACAAUGAUCAGCCCUGGCAGCCUGCAAAUGGCAUUACUGGAGCUCCUAAUGAAUGUAAAAAGUGCAAAUGCAAUGGACAUGCAGAGAGCUGUCAUUUUGAUAUGACACUGUGGCUGACAUCAGGAAAUCACAGUGGUGGAGUGUGUGAUAACUGCCAACACAACACUGAGGGAGUGCACUGCCAAAAGUGUAGGAUGGGCUUUUACAGAGACCUCCACAAACCAUUUUCUGCACCAGAUUCCUGCAAGCCCUGCGGCUGCCAUCCUAUUGGCUCCCUACCCUUCAAUGAUAGUAUUGUGUCCUUCUGUGAUCCAAACAAUGGAGACUGCAUUUGUAAGCCAGGAAUUGGUGGCCCACACUGUGACAGGUGUAUGGUGGGAUACUGGGGUUUCAGUGACUAUGGCUGCCGGCCAUGUGACUGUGCUGGAAGCUGUGAUCCCUAUACAGGAGACUGCAUUAGCAGUGCUACAGCUCUUGACUGGUACUACAAACCUGACUUUAUCUCCUCACUUAAUGAAACUGAACCUGUCUGGGACUGGGAAGAUGAACAGGGUUUUUCAGCUCUUCGUCAUUCUGGUAAAUGUGAAUGUAAGGAACAGAUUCUAGGAAAUCCCAAAUUAUUCUGUGCAAUGAAAUAUGCAUAUGUCCUCAAAGUAAAGAUCCUGUCAGCUCAUGACAAAGGCUCUCAUGCUGAAGUUAAUGUAAAGGUCAAAAAAGUAUUAUUGCCUACCAAGAUGAAAAUAGCUCAUGAAAAAAUAACACUUUAUCCAGAAUCCUGGACCACCAGAGGAUGCACAUGUCCAAUAUUAAACCCAGGAAUGGAGUACCUAGUGGCAGGUCAUGAAGAUUCAAAGAAGAAAAGACUUAUCGUAAAUAUGAAAAGUUUUGUCAAGCCAUGGAAACGAGACCUUGGGAGAAAAGUAGUUCAGUUUUUGAAAACAGACUGCAGAUGGUAAACAUUUUGGGAACGUGAGCUGAGACUUAAAAUAUUUUUGUGCACUGAAGGGGCUGCAAUAAGUUUGCAAACUACUAAGAAGCAGAACUGGAAAUGAAUGCCAAGAAUGGUACAGAGGUAUGAAAGAACUUGUGUUUAACCUCAAGCCAAAGCUGGCCCUGUUCCUGUCUUGCCUAUUUUCAUUCUCUUAUGCACUUUACAGUCUAUUGGCAUUAUCGACAGCUGAUAUUUUUCACGGAGUGGAUCAAUGUCUAAUACGUCAAUCAGAUCUUCAGGUCAUGUCACAAUGUUAUGUAGAAAGUGAUCGAUGAAGUGUUAAAAAGAGUGUGUUUUU